CGGGCCCGCGCGGGGGAGCGGAAGCGCCGCGCUGAGGGCGGCGGUGGCGGCGGGGCCGAGGGGGCGGCGGGGCCGGCCGGGUGCGGCGCGAUGCGGGGCGGCCGCCGCCUCUUCACGCUGCUGCUCCUGGCGCUGCUGCCCGGGCUGUGUCACGGCAGGGAGCCGGCGCCGGGCGCCGUGACUUGCGGCUCGGUGCUGAAACUGCUCAACACCCGCCACAGCGUACGGCUCCACUCGCACGAGGUCAAGUACGGCUCCGGAAGUGGGCAGCAGUCAGUGACAGGAGUUGAAGCUUCAGAUGAUGCCAACAGCUACUGGCGGAUCCGUGGGAAGAGUGACAGCAGUUGUCAGCGUGGGACACCAGUGAAAUGCGGGCAAGCCAUACGACUCACCCACGUUAACACUGGGAAAAAUCUGCACACUCAUCACUUCCCAUCACCACUCUCCAAUAAUCAAGAAGUAAGUGCCUUUGGGGAUGAUGGCGAAGGAGAUGACCUGGAUUUCUGGAUUGUGCAGUGCAGCGGGACUUACUGGGAGCGGGAGGAUGCCGUGCGCUUCAAGCACGUGGGGACAGAGGUGUUCCUGUCCAUCACGGGGGAGCAGUACGGCCACCCCAUUAGAGGCCAGCGGGAAGUUCAUGGCAUGCCUGCUGCCAACCACCACAACUAUUGGAAAGCCAUGGAGGGAGUCUUCAUCAAACCCAGUCUGGACCCUGCAAAACAUGAUGAGCUCUGAACUGACACAGGAUGCAAAACGCUUCGUUUGACUCCAGUGUUUGGAGAUGCUAAUCCUUGGUCUCUUCUAAGUCCUGCCUUGCCUGAGUGACAGAUUUUCUGUGUUACUGAAGGGCAUUAGUUCAUUCUAGGAAUGCAGCACUUCUGUGGGGAAUGGCUUCUGCCACUUUCAGCCACUGACAUUUAUUUGGUGAAGUCCUUUCUGAAUUUCCAAGCUUUACUGGUGAAACUAGUUCAUACAUCUGUUAGGUUUUGUUGUCAUUUGUUUGCUUGUUACUUUUUCUUGAAUUCAAAGGAAAUGAAAAAAUGAAAGUAAUACUUUUCUCUAGACUCAAGUACAAUAAAACUUUGUAUUUUGUUAUCUUUUUCCAGCUAUAAUUAAAUAUUUAGAGACUGAUUUCUACAUCCUAGUGAAAGAAUGUUAUUGAUGAGGAGAUAGAUUGAGCGUAGAAAUGGAAAAAUGGUUCUGAAAUAUGGUGGUUUUGAAUGACUUGAAAUCAGCUAUUUAGUUUUUGAGUUUAAAAAAAAGUUCCAUUUGAAAAUUGCAUCCAAUGUCUUAUGAGAGUUUCAUUCUGUAUUGUAUUGGACGACUUGAAAAUAUUGUGUAUGUUGGAAUAAGAAGACAAAAUUUUAGUAGUUUUACUUUGUCCAAGAAAUUCAGAUGUUCUAGUAGUGGUACAGCUGAUUGUCCACUGGUAAGACUGCUCUGCUCUAUGAACAGGUGCAGAAAUCUGCUGCUUGUUUAAUUAAUAUUAGAAUUUUACAGAGUUUCUUAUGGUGUAAAGGAACAGUUAAAUUUGGCUUACUUCUGUGUCGCUCUGAUUUGUCAGUGUGGCAAUCCAGGUGAAUAAAUGGUGAGGCACACACCUUUGUGGGUUUUUUAUGUGUGAAUCCAGAAGAGAAAAAAAAAAAUCUGAGACAAUGGUUUGGUCAUGGAUUUCUGACAGAGUGGUAUGCACUGGAGUGCUAGCAAGGAAUCUUCACUGAACAAGUUAAGAAUUUCUGUGUUCCUCUGUGAAAAGAAAUUAAUUCUUCAGUGCGUUUUUUACACAGUGUUACUGGAAAUACUGAUUAAAAUUCAAAAUACCA